GAAAAUAUUGUUGUUGGAGCUGCGGAGCCUCGGCGGAGGGACACGGACGGACACACGGAACGGAUCGAUUCCAGCCGACGUUUCUUUUCUUUUUAUUUCGGUUUGUCGGUGAAGCAGCAGCGAGUCUCCCGGAAGCAGCAUGUCGGUGAAUAUGGACGAACUCCGGCACCAAGUCAUGAUCAACCAGUUUGUUUUGACGGCAGGCUGCGCCGCCGAUCAGGCGAAGCAGCUCCUCCAGGCGGCCCACUGGCAGUUCGAGACGGCGCUGAGCUCCUUCUUCCAGGAGGCCAACAUCCCCAGUCACCACCACCAGAUGAUGGUGACUCCCAGAAACACUCCCGCCACGCCACCCAACUUCCCCGACGCCAUCACCAUGUUCUCGAAGCUCCGGGCCUCCGACUGCAGCGCCGGUUCCUCCCAAGCGUCUCUGGCCUGCUCCCCUCCGGCUCCGUCCUCCACGUCGGGCUUCGGCUCCUUCUGGGCCUCGUCGCCGCCGAGCCACCAGCCGGCCUGGCUGCCGCCGUCCUCGCCCACCGGACACCAUCAUCACCAUCACUACCAUCAUCACCAUCACCUGCCUCAGACGCCCAUGUGGCCGCCGGCGUCGCAGCCCAGCGGAGCUCAGCAGCCGCCCGUCGUAUCGGCGCUGCACGGACAGAGAUGAGGCCGAGCGGCGGGACGGAGGCCGAGAUUAACGGAGGGAUCACCAGGAAUAAGAGGACUCCGCUGUUUAGUGUUUUCGGACUGAAGAAGAGACUCGAACCGAACCGAGCCGAUCUGGACUCGACAGGAGAGCAGCCAUGACAUCCGUCUGUGAUCUUUGUUUUAUCUUUUUGUAGAAACUCUGGUUUGGUAGAAAUAAUCCGGUGAGCAAUAACCAGCAGACCAACAGGACGAAGAGACGCUGAAGAGUUUCCAUCUACAGCCAUAAACUCUGCAGAGGAACCAGUUUGUGCUUCUCAUCUCAACAGUUUGCUGAAGGUUUUCCUGCAUCUGCAUGAAAAAUAUUCUGUCUGCUGCACAGAUGUUUGUUAAAACAUCUGCUGGAAACGACAAACUGUGUGUCUGAGCUCAACCAACCAAAAUUUUAAGUAAAUUUUAAUCCUUUUUUUAAGCCUUUCCUGGUGUUUUUAUUUGUGUUGUGUGCACUGGAGCUGAAAGUGUUCAAUUAAUCCAAGCACAUUUGAAACUUUUUUGUCACAUUUUUGCUGUUUUAUAUGAGUGUUAACUAAAUAUUUUGGUGGUUUUACAGAAAAUGACACAUUUGGGGGAAACUCAAAGGACUAAAAAUCAAUUGUAGUGACAACUAUGCAACUAGAUCUGACCAGAAAUGAAGAAAAAAAACAAAAACAAACUCCAACUGAAUCAUACAUUACUGACAUUUACUGUAGAAUAAUGUUCAAACAGUCCAACUUUUCUAUUUUUUCAGGCUUUUCAAUGCAACAUUGACGUAAUUUAACACUAUAUUGAAUCAUUUUAUGUAAAAAUUCACCUAAAUCAUCAGUUUCUGCAAUACAAGAGUCAACUGGAUGAUUUCUGGGUGCAGCUUUUACUGAAGAGGCAAUUGCGACGUUAAUUUAGGACAAUAUAAUAAACUUUAAUUGCAUUUAAUGGAGUUAAAAUGCGAAGCUAAUUAUUCUACUGCAGACAAAGAGCUUGUUAAAGACGUUAAUGUGGGAAAAACUGUUUAAAAUGUUCUUGAGUCAUUUCUGGCUGCCGCUUUGUUCAGACUUUGGAAAGAACUCGGAAAAUGUUUUAAAAAUUGUGCAGCAGAUGUGAUGUUUUCCAUCCAGAUGUUCACUGAGGAUUUGUUGCUAAACCAGCAGCUGGUUUUUCUCUGAUCAGUGGAUAUAAUUUCACAUUUUGUACAUUUUAAUUGUGAGAAGUGCAAACUGGGGUUUGGUUGGAAAAUGAAUUGUAAAGUGAAAGUUUGCAAUAAUUUGAUUAUGUGAAGCAGAAAGAAGAGAAGUUCUCUGUUGUAAAUAAAAGCCAAAAGAUUUGUGUGGACGCCACAGAAACAGG